GAGGGCGGACCGCAGAAGCACUUUUAUAAAAAGUCGUUUCCCCCAUCGUCAAAAAAUCAAUCGCAUUUCCCUACCUCUUCCGUUUCCGUUUCCGCUUCAAUCGAAUUCGAUUCUCCCUCGUCUCCGUCUUCGUUUUCUCUCCCUUUAACUCUUCCAAUCAGGUUUUCGCAGAUGGCGUCCAAGCGGAUCUUGAAGGAACUCAAAGAUCUGCAGAAGGAUCCUCCUACGUCCUGCAGCGCCGGUCCUGUUGCCGAAGACAUGUUCCACUGGCAGGCAACAAUAAUGGGUCCCCCAGACAGUCCAUAUGCUGGGGGUGUUUUCCUAGUUAGUAUUCAUUUUCCUCCAGAUUAUCCCUUUAAGCCACCAAAGGUGGCAUUUAGAACGAAAGUAUUCCACCCUAACAUAAACAGCAACGGAAGCAUUUGCCUUGACAUCUUGAAGGAGCAGUGGAGUCCUGCGCUAACUAUUUCCAAGGUGUUGCUUUCCAUCUGUUCUUUGUUGACGGACCCAAACCCCGAUGAUCCGUUGGUGCCGGAGAUUGCUCACAUGUACAAGACGGACAGGAAUAAAUACGAGACGACAGCGAGGAGCUGGACCCAGAAAUACGCCAUGGGCUAAAAGAGCUUGUGGUACGUGCCGUAGGAGGCGUCUUCUAUCUUUCUCGUGUUUGAGUUUGUGUAAUGCCUUGAAUCCCAAGAAAAAUGGACUAAAAUGAAAUGAGUUCCAUAACAUGUCCUCUUGAUUUAAAAAAAAAACAAAGAAAAGAAAGAAAAGCCAACACACGUUGCUUUCUUUAAUUGUUUGUAUGGAUAAUGUGGAUCUUUUAGAACAAUGAUUUGUAUCUCCGAAUUCGUUGUUUAUAUUUUAGAUAAAUUGGGCCUGGGCUUAAUAAUU